UAAUGGUAGAGGGGUGGCCGGCUUUGGACCCUCUAUACCGCUGGAAAACCGUGCUCCAUUUGGAAAUUGUGCUGGUUAAAUACAAAAACCGGAGUCCCGUUUCCAUCCUCUCCCACUCUGAACUCCAACAGGAAUCCAAGACCACUAUGGAAGUCCCACCCAAAAAUAAAAAGUGACCUCUUUUGAGAACUUUCCUGUCUUCUCCCUUCCAAGAUGAUACGAAGGCCAUCAUGAGGUUGUAAAGCGAUCCCAGGAAGGUGGUUGCGUUCCCUUAUCCUACUUUUCUUAAAGAUUCAUGGCUUUUGCUGCUUCUUCGUUUGCCGUGCUGCCUUUUUGAAUCAAAGGUAACAACCUUUUAUUCAUUGCUUCUUCCCUGCUUACCUUCUAAAAAGCUGUAUCUCUUAAUGUCUUGCAAGCUUGGAGUUGAAAGCCCUGGUUUCUCCUGUAAUCUCGUAUGUAUAAAAACCAGCUACAAGAGCUAGCACAGAGGAGCUGCUUCAAUCUCCCCUCUUAUGCUUGCACAAGGGAAGGACCAGACCAUGCACCAAGGUUCAAAGCCUCAGUUAACUUCAAUGGUGAGAUCUUUGAGGGGCCAAGCAAUUGCACCACUCUAAGGCAGGCAGAGCAUGCUGCAGCCGAGGUGGCCCUCACCAACCUCUCCACCAGAGGUCCUUCAAGGUCUCUGGCCGCUAGAGUCCUUGAUGAGACGGGGGUGUACAAGAACCUUCUCCAAGAGACUGCUCACAGAGCUGGCUUGAAGCUCCCUGUCUACACCACGGUGAGGUCUGGGCCUGGCCACCUCCCUGUCUUCACUUGCUCUGUGGAGCUUGCUGCUAUGAGCUUCACUGGUGAGCCAGCAAAGACUAAGAAGCAAGCUGAGAAGAAUGCUGCCAUGGCUGCUUGGUCUGCUCUUAAACAAAUGCCAGAUCUGGGUUCUUCCUCUCAGCAGGCCAAAGAGAGAGAGAAUAGUGAAGAGCAGGAAGAGGUAGUUGUGACAAGAGUUUUAUCUAAUUUGAGGCCUAAAGAGGAGAUCAAACCAAUGAGACAGAGAAAUCAGCAGCAUCAGAGGAGCAGGGUGAUGUUAGGCUCUAGAGAAGGCACCUCUGCUUCUUCUCUCAAUUCUUUAGGUUUUCAUCACAAAUGGAAGGCUAUGGAUCCUCUAUCCCCUCAACGACAGAGAUGUUUCCUAGCUCCCCCACUUUCCACUGGCCCCAAGAUUUUACCCCCACUGCCCUUAUCGCAGCAGCACUCAUCUACCACCCCUCAAGAGCCACAUUUCUCCAAGGACAAGAGCAACAAUCUUCCUCUCUGUUCAUCAAAUAGACCAUUGCCUCCACCUCAAUUGGAGGAGAAACAAAAGGAUGAGGAGGAACAGAUCAAUGGGAAUUCAGUUGCAAAGCCAACUCCAGCAUAUGCUCUCAUGCCGGCCUAUUGCCGAGCCUUUUCUAUGUCGAAUACUUCGGUCUCCAACCGAAUAAUGGAUCAAAGAAUUCAGCAAAGCCAGAUGGGUGCUAGGACAUUUGGCCCCUCUCCUCGAACCAAUCCUUCAACUGGAGCAGCUACUACAAGAAAUAUCCAGCCAAUUCCAAUUCCCACAAUUUUUGCCAGUGGUGGAUACCAUCCACCUGGUAUUGCUCCUGCUGUGCAUAUAAGAUCCGUGAUUCCAGUCUGCGCCGCCCCGCCGAUGAGGCCGGCUGUUAACACCACGGUAGUCCAGAAGAAAGAAGGAGAGAUCUCGGCAGCCACCUCAAAGCUCAAUAGGCUCCACUUGUGAAGAUGGAAUGAAUUGCUUCAGCAUCCCUUGAUAAACUUCUUUUCUGAAUACAUAUUCUGCAGGUUUUGACUCUAUGGGGAUUUUGUUCUUGAGAACUCUCUCUUGCUUUUGCUUGUUUGAAAUUCAUGGAUUUUGGCUCAUGGAUCUUCUGCUGAGGGUGGUUCCUUGGGUGGAAUUUUGUCACAUCCAGCUAUGUAACUGAUAGACUUGUACUCUAUAUUCUCUAUGUUUUCAAUGAUAAUGUUACUGCUGACUAGAGUUAUAGACAAAAAGCAUCAUACAGACAUCAAUUUAACACAUCAUACAUACAAA